GCCAGAAACAUCUAUCAUCAGUUGUUUAUGAGCAGCCUUCUUAUGGAUCUGAAAAGCAAAAAGCUAUUUGCUGUUCGAUUUGCAAAAAACUAUGAGAGAUUGCAGACUGACUAUGUGAAUGAUGACCACAACAAAGAGUUCUCGGUUACCGACCUUUCAGUGCAAAUUUUCACAGUACCUUCCUUGGCUCGCAUGCUGAUAACUGAUGAAAACCUUAUGACAACCAUAAUACAAACAUUCAUGGAGCAUCUAAUGAGACAACGGGAUUCUCAUGGCAGGUUUCAGUUUGAAAGGUAUACAGCUGUACAAGCCUCAAAAUUCAAGAGGGUGCAAAGUCUCAUUGGUGAUCUGAAAUAUGUGUUGGUUAGCAAACCCACAGAGUGGACGGACAAACUAAGGGAGAAAUUUCUGGAAGGUUUUGGGGUUUUCUUGCAGUUGUUAAAGCGCAUGCAGAGCCUAGGUCAUUUCAGAGGGCAGUUGAGAGUCGACCACAUUGCUGAGGGUCUGGAUUAA